GCCAGUGGCGGGCCUCAGCCAGUCCGUGAGCGGUACCUACACCUUCAAGGUCCGCGUCCUUGAAGGCAUUACUCGUCCUCGCCCGACUCGUGUGCCGUUACACAAAGAGGAUCACCGUUGGGGCAUCUCGCGGCCGAGAUCUAUCCUGGGUCUCCCUCGUCGCAAGAAUCGGAACCCUGUCUCAGCGCUUAACCCCGCGCCCUGUCCCAUCCCGGAAGUAGUGAACGGGUACGUUGCUACGUCACCAUCCCACCCCGACCGAUUCCUUUUCAUCCCUUUCUGAACGGUAGCGUUUCGAACGCCAGUUGAACGGGAGUGAUUGAGGGAUAGAGAGUUGGGUGGUAUCUGUAAGCAGCUCGUGGCAAGACGACGACGACGUAGUCGAAAAGAGGAAGUUGCAUUCCCCGCCGAGGGUCAGGACGAGUAUGAGGUCCUCGCUGGUGCUGCUCCUGGUAGCAGCUUUCGUCCUUGUCGAAGGUUCGAGCCGAGUUAAGCGGCAGGAGGAGAAGAAGGAGGAGAGUUUCGAGAGCGAGAUCUGCAAGGAUAAAGAUGCGGGCGAGUGGUUUAGAUUAGUCGCGGGCGAGGGUGAUAACUGCCGUGACGUUAUCCAGUGCACGAGCUCCGGUCUGCAGGCUAUAAGAUGUCCGGCCGGCUUGUACUUCGACAUCGACAAGCAAACGUGCGACUGGAAGGAUUCCGUCAACAAUUGUAAACUGAAGAACAAAGAGAGGAAGGCCAAGCCCCUGCUAUACACCGAAGAACCGCUCUGCCAGGACGGCUAUCUCGCGUGUGGUGACGGAUCCUGUAUCGAGAGGGGUCUCUUCUGUAACGGAGAGAAAGACUGCACGGACGGUUCCGAUGAGAAUAUUUGCGACAUGGACAACGAUCCCAAUAGAGCUCCACCAUGCGAUCCCGCCGUGUGUACCCUGCCUGAUUGUUUCUGCUCGGAGGACGGUACUACGCUACCCGGCGAUCUCCCGUCCAAGGAUGUACCUCAGAUGGUCACGAUCACCUUCGACGACGCCAUCAACAACAACAACAUCGGCCUCUAUAAAGAAAUCUUCAAUGGCAAGCGCAAGAAUCCAAACGGCUGUGAUAUCAAGGCAACCUUCUUCGUGUCGCACAAGUACACCAACUAUUCCGCGGUCCAGGAGAUGCACCGGAAAGGCCACGAGAUCGCCGUCCAUUCAAUCUCGGCAAGGCAUAACGACGACGAGCGCUUCUGGUCGGACGCGACCGUCGAUGACUGGGCCAAGGAGAUGGCCGGCAUGAGGAUCAUCGCCGAGAAGUUCGCGAAUCUGACGGAUAACAGCGUGGUCGGCGUCAGGGCGCCGUAUCUGCGGGUUGGCGGUAACAAUCAGUUUACCAUGAUGGAGGAGCAGGCCUUCCUGUACGAUUCCACCAUCACCGCUGCCUUGAACAACCCUCCGCUGUGGCCGUACACCAUGUACUUCAGGAUGCCGCAUCGCUGUCACGGAAAUCUUCAGCAUUGUCCCACCAGAUCGCACGCCGUGUGGGAGAUGGUGAUGAACGAGCUGGAUCGGCGCGAGGAUCCGCAGAACGACGAGUAUCUGCCCGGCUGCGCCAUGGUCGACUCGUGCAGCAACAUCUUGACCGGCGAUCAGUUCUACAAUUUCCUCAACCACAACUUCGAUCGUCACUACGAGCAGAACCGCGCGCCCCUCGGCCUCUACUUCCAUGCCGCCUGGCUCAAGAACAAUCCCGAGUUCCUGGACGCUUUCCUGUACUGGAUCGACGAGAUCCUGCAGAGCCACAACGACGUGUACUUCGUGACGAUGACUCAGGUGAUUCAGUGGAUCCAGAAUCCGCGCACCAUCACGGAAUCGAAGAACUUCGAGCCCUGGCGAGAGAAGUGCACGGUGGAGGGACCGCCGGCGUGCUGGGUGCCCCACACCUGCAAGCUGACUUCGAAGGAGGUACCCGGCGAGACCAUCAAUCUCCAGACCUGCGUGCGCUGUCCCAACAACUAUCCUUGGGUGAAUGACCCGACCGGUGACGGCUUCUUCUAAACUGCCGAGCGCGAUU